CAGCAAGUGGUUGAGGCUCCAUCCCUCGACUCUUUCAAAAGAAAGCUGGAUCAACUGAGUGACUAUUAUCGCCAAGACUAACACAAGCCUUCAAGUCUCCUGUCAUUUCAAAACUGUAACUGGAAAUGUUAUACCGUAAUUUUUUCUAUCGUCAACUAGUUAGUGUUAAUAUUGUAUUCUCAGAUAGAAAAGUAAAAAGGCACCUCAAUACACAGACACAGAUAAUGAGGAAUGAAUGGCAUACUUAUUUUUUCAAGCAAAGUUGACGUUGUUAUUGGAUUUCCGAGUGAAUCUGGAACGAAAUUUAAAAUUAACGUUGCCGUCCUUGGAAUGACGUCUGGAACUGUUAGUAUCAAAGAGCUGACUAUCCCACAGCUUCAAGAUCUUUCACGGCAAUUCGAGCAGAAAGUUCAAUUUAUAUCUGCUUCUAUACAGCAACUCAAGUCUCUACAGGCUCAGUUCGUUGCCUCCAAAAAUUGUCUGGUCGAGCUUAACCCAGAAAGAGAAAAUACAGAUAUUCUUGUCCCUUUAACUUCAACCUUGUGUGUUCCUGGGAAACUUUCUGAUGCUUCGCAUGUGCUUGUGGAUAUUGGAACUGGGUACUAUGUUGAAAUGACCGUCCCAGAAGCUGAAAGCCACUUUUGCCGUCGAGUAGAAUAUAUCAAUAAACAAAUAAGGAAGAUUUUGCCUGUUUUGGAGGAAAAAACACAAGCACAUAAGUCCAUUUCAGACGUUCUGGAUGCUAAAAUUCAAGAGUUUAUUAAAGUUCGAACAGCAGCGUGUCCUUGAAUUGUUGAUGUAUGCUUUUUAGGUUCCUUUUCAUAAAGAUCCAUACAUCUCAUUGUUUUUCUGUGCUUACAGCGAACAUUCAUGCUAGAUUGUGUAUUCCAUUAUUGACAACUCAGAGUGUGUUUUGUGGUCCGGAACAUAGUGUCUCCUCAGAAUGUCAAUAUCUGGAAAACUAAAAGCCUUGUAAAUACAUAUUCUGGUUUUCUGCUUUAAAUGAUUUUUAAGCUAACUCCCAAUAUGUUGGUAUCAACAAUUCAGCUGAAAACUUAUAAACAAUCUUACUUUACUUCAGGACUAGAGUGUUUGAUUUUAACAUCUAACUAGGAUACUGUUAAGCAUAAUUAAAUCCUUUAGGAGUGUCCUAAGUGAGUAUAACACAAAGUCAUGCGCAUAGGUUUCAUGUCACUUGGAAAAUUUGAUGUAUGACUGCGCACUCAUUUUAGUUUUUAUCAUGUUCACUUUAUGAAUACCUUUGUUGUUUUGUCAGUGUCUGGUACAUAUUUAAAUAUUAGUAAUCGAAAUUGACAGUUCUGAACAUAUCUCUAUAAUUUGC